CUUCCUUCACAAAUCAGGAAAUUCACAACUCUAAUAUUCAUUUCUUUCAUAAUCAUUAGAAUUUCCAUUCUUUCAUAAUUCUAGGUACCACCACACAACAAAAUUAAGGAACAUUAAUUAUUAUCAAUUAAGAUAUGGAAACAAUAUCAGCAGCUAUCACAAAAAACAGUGCCAAUGAAUCAUUCUGUUUGAUUCAUGCUAAGAAUAAUAACAUGAAAGUGAAUGAAGCUGAUCCUUUGAAUUGGGGUGUGGCAGCUGAAGCAAUGAAAGGCAGUCACUUGGAUGAAGUGAAACGUAUGGUGGAGGAGUACCGGAAGCCGGUGGUCCGUCUUGGUGGCGAAACACUGACCAUUUCUCAGGUGGCUGCCAUUGCUGCACAUGACCAUGGUGUGCAGGUGGAGCUGUCAGAAUCUGCUAGGGCUGGUGUUGAGGCCAGCAGUGAUUGGGUGAUGGAGAGUAUGAACAAAGGAACAGACAGUUACGGUGUCACCACCGGAUUCGGCGCCACCUCACACCGCCGUACCAAACAAGGUGGUGCUUUGCAGAAAGAACUCAUCAGAUUUUUGAAUGCUGGAAUAUUUGGAAACGGAACUGAGUCAAGCCACACACUUCCACACACAGCAACAAGAGCUGCCAUGCUAGUGAGAAUCAACACACUCCUCCAAGGUUAUUCAGGAAUCAGAUUUGAAAUCUUGGAAGCCAUCACCAAUCUCCUUAACAACAACGUCACUCCAUGUUUACCACUUCGCGGUACAAUCACAGCUUCAGGAGAUUUGGUCCCUCUAUCUUACAUUGCUGGUUUACUAACUGGAAGACCAAAUUCCAAAGCUCAUGGACCAUCUGGAGAAAUACUUAAUGCAAAAGAAGCUUUUGCAUUGGCUGGAAUCAAUGCUGAAUUCUUCGAAUUACAACCAAAAGAAGGCCUUGCACUUGUUAACGGAACAGCUGUUGGUUCCGGUUUAGCUUCAAUUGUUCUCUUCGAGGCUAACAUUUUGGCUGUGUUGUCUGAAGUUCUAUCAGCUAUUUUUGCUGAAGUUAUGCAAGGGAAACCUGAGUUUACCGAUCAUUUGACACACAAGUUGAAACACCACCCUGGUCAAAUUGAGGCUGCUGCUAUUAUGGAACACAUUUUGGAUGGAAGUGCUUAUGUCAAAGCAGAUAAAAAGUUGCAUGAGAUGGAUCCAUUGCAGAAACCAAAACAAGAUAGAUAUGCGCUUAGAACUUCACCACAAUGGCUUGGUCCUUUGGUUGAAGUGAUUAGAUUCUCUACCAAGUCAAUUGAGAGAGAGAUCAACUCUGUCAACGACAACCCCUUGAUUGAUGUUUCAAGAAACAAAGCUUUGCAUGGUGGAAACUUUCAAGGAACGCCUAUUGGAGUAUCCAUGGAUAAUACACGUUUGGCUCUCGCAUCAAUUGGCAAACUUAUGUUUGCUCAAUUCUCUGAGCUUGUCAAUGAUUUUUACAACAAUGGAUUGCCUUCAAAUCUUUCUGCGAGUAGAAAUCCUAGUUUGGAUUAUGGUUUCAAGGGAGCUGAAAUUGCCAUGGCUUCCUAUUGUUCUGAGUUGCAAUAUCUUGCAAAUCCGGUUACAACCCACGUCCAAAGUGCCGAGCAGCACAACCAAGAUGUGAACUCUUUGGGUUUGAUUUCUUCGAGAAAAACAUAUGAAGCCAUUGAGAUCCUUCAACUCAUGUCUUCCACAUUCUUGAUUGCUCUUUGCCAAGCAAUUGAUUUAAGACAUUUGGAGGAGAACUUGAAAAACUCAGUCAAGAACACCGUAAGUCAAGUCGCCAAAAAGACCCUUACCAUAGGCGUGAAUGGAGAACUUCAUCCUUCAAGAUUUUGUGAAAAAGACUUAUUGAAAGUGGUUGAUAGAGAGCAUGUAUUUGCUUAUAUUGAUGAUCCUUGUAGUGCUACAUACCCAUUGAGUCAAAAACUCAGGCAAGUGUUGGUAGAUCAUGCAUUAGUUAAUGGAGAGAGUGAGAAGAAUUUGAACACUUCAAUCUUUCAAAAGAUUGCAACUUUUGAGGAAGAGUUGAAGAGCCUCUUGCCAAAAGAGGUUGAAAGUGCAAGGACCGCAUAUGAGAGUGGAAACCCAACAAUUCCAAACAAGAUCAAUGGAUGCAGAUCUUAUCCACUUUACAAGUUUGUUAGAGAGGAGUUGGGAACUGGUUUACUAACUGGAGAAAAUGUCAUUUCACCCGGUGAAGUGUGUGACAAAUUAUUCACAGCUAUGUGUCAGGGAAAAAUCAUUGAUCCUCUUCUUGAAUGCUUGGGAGAGUGGAACGGUGCUCCUCUUCCAAUUUGUUAACUUUGUUGGUUACUUUUGAAAAUGCUUUAUUUGUUGUAUUUUAUACAAGUGUAUCAAAAAUCAUGUAGGUUUUUCAUGCCUUUAACAAAUUAAUAUGGAAAGCUCAAAGCUCCAGUUCAGUUUCCUCUAAUAUCACGGUGAAACUUGUAAUUUAUUUAAUAAUAGAUUUUUAUUUGUUUGCCGGAA